UCAGAAAAUUCCAAAAGGAGGUGAGGAGGAAAACAAAUCUUUUAACUCCCCUGUUUCUGCUCUCUUUUCAUCUCUUUUUUCUGCUUGCAACUUUUUAUUUUGGAUAAGAAAAUGUCCUCGAGCGUCUGUCAAGGGUUGCAAUCAUGCCUGGAGGUGGUCGAAUCACGUUUCUUGAGGCUCAAACUGGUUCCACCCAUAAUGAACAUCACUGAGCCGUACAAUGAAGAAACAAACACCACUACCAUCACAAACAGUAAGGACAACGGCAGUGAUUGCAUACCGAUAGCCGAUCGAAAUACCAGCAUGGGUGGCUGGAGUUUCCUACGGUCCCUCUCCGACGCCAAAGUUCCCACUGAGAACCACAAAGUCUACGUUCACCCUCUCGUUAAGCGUUCUAGGCUAAGUGAAAAAAGCCUUGAAAUGUGCACAGAGCAAUUAGGUAGCGAAACCGGAAGUGAAGUUAGCGAUUGCAGCGAUGAUGUUUCGUUGCUUUCGUUGGAAACUCGAAUGGUGACUUGCGAUUUUAUUCCGUCCAAGCCAAGGGAAAGUCCGUCCACGAGAAAAAUGAGUCAUAGAAGCAACAGCUUUCCGCCUCCUUUGACGUCCAUUAGCGGUUCGAAUGGUGUUCGGGUCAAGUCUCAUCGAGAAAACGGUCGCUUAGUUCUUGAAGCCGUUAGUUUCCCUCCCUGUCAUAGUUACUUCCAUGCAGAACGUAGCGGCGGCCGGCUUAGGCUUUCCCUUUUCAAGGACUCUACCCCGGUUCUCCACAACGAGGAACAAGACGACGGUGAAGAAGUCGAAGAAGAUGAAUUUUAUGGGGAAACUGAGAAUAAGGAAGGAAACGAGGGGAAUGUUGGAGGUGAAAUUGGGACAGGGAAGCUGCCUAUACCAAGCAGCUGCAAAGAAAGUGGGCGUGGCCACAAAGGCGGCUUGCUUAAUUGGAAAUCAUUCUUGGUGGCUACUUAAAAAA